CAAAUUCACCCAGAAUGCGCAAAAUGAAAAGAAGGGCCGCAGCAAUCGAUCGAGUCGCCCUCUCUCGUCAGCUAGCGAUGAGGCAGCCAUGGCGGCUGUGCGGGAAGAGCCUCAGCGGGAGUUCGGAGGUCGCAUACUGACGGCGUUCGACCCCAAUCGGAUCUUCAUGCACCAAAAAGAGGCCCCCGUCCAGCCCCCGCUAGCUCAGUUAGAUGAGACCUUCGAAGAUGGUGAGGUUGUGUUUAUGCAAGACAUCGCAGCUCGUAAGGAGCAGGCUAAGGCAACCAGGCGCAAGAAGAAGAGGACAUGCUCAUCCAGCCUCAUGGCCUCUACCUUCCCAGAGAUGUACCGUCUGACGGGAGAGAUUCUGGGUACUGGUGCUUAUGCUUCGGUGCAGACCUGUGUGAAUGUGUGGACGGACAUGGAGUAUGCAGUUAAGAUCAUUGAGAAAGUGCCUGGCCACAGUCGCCAGAGGGUAUUCAAAGAGGUCGAAACAUUCCAUCAUUGCAACGGCCAUCCCAACAUCAUCCAACUGAUCGAAUUCUUUGAAGAGGAAGAGCGCUUCUACCUGGUUUUUGAGAAGGUAAACGGCGGACCGCUGCUGAACCGCAUCCAGGAGUAUGUGCACUUCACCGAAAAGGAGGCAAGCCAGAUCAUCAAGGACUUGGCCUCUGCCCUCAAUUUCCUUCACAAGAAGGGCAUCGCUCACCGAGACUUAAAGCCGGAGAACAUCCUGUGCGUUUCCAACGACGAGCUGUGCCCAGUGAAGAUCUGCGAUUUCGACCUUGGUUCAGGCAUCAAAUUCAAUGCUGAUCUUUCAUCUCCAGUCACCACUCCUCAACUGCUCACUCCUGUGGGAAGUGCAGAGUUUAUGGCCCCAGAAGUGGUUGAGGCCUUCGUGGGCGACUCUAGCUCUUAUGACAAGCGCUGUGACUUAUGGUCUCUUGGAGUUAUUGCUUACAUCUUGCUGUGUGGUUAUCCCCCCUUCUACGGACACUGUGGAACUGAAUGCAGUUGGGAGCAGGGCGGGACUUGUGAAAGCUGCCAGGAGUUGCUUUUUGAAAGUAUUCAAGAGGGAAGGUACGACUUUCCUGAAAGAGAAUGGGGUGCCAUCUCUGAAGAAGCCAAAGACUUGAUUCGGGGGCUGCUGGUGAAGGAGGCUAGCCGGCGGCUUUCAGCCGAGUCUGUAAUGCAACACCCUUGGGUGGCCAACGGACCCAGGGAGGAUGUUGCUCCUCUGACAACCCCUCAGAUCAUUCGCAGAAACAACAGUGCCAAGGAGUUGUCUGCAUUUGCUGAGAGUGCCAUGGAAGUGAACCGGGUGGUUCUGCAACACUUCAGCCUCAACAUGGACAUGAGUCACCUAACUUGCGCGAGCCAAGCGCGCCAGCAGGCGACCCGCAACAGUGAGAUCUUUGGGCUCGCCGACCCCAGCAAGUCGGGACUGGCGCAACGCCGCUUGCUGAGGGCGCAGAGCCUCAGCAAGGAGAAUGGAGGUUACGUCGCGCCCGCCCCCACUGGCUAGGCCCGACUUCCGCUUCGAUCGCCAUCUCUCAGUCACAAGUCAACCUUUGACGCGUCGCAUUUCUUUCAUUGAUAAGGUUGGAUUAAUAAUGUGAAAUAAUUUUCUAUCGUUUUGUAAAAGCUGGAUUAUUAUUUUUGUGCUCUGAGCUGCUUUUCACGCCCAAGCAAGUGAAGCUUUUCUUUCUUUUUUUUUAAUAGUUUGAUUAAGAGUCGGUGGCUGCAACGAGAGCACGCCGCUUUUCCCCCCCGGACCUUUCUCUAAACACUGCUUAAAAAUUCGUCGGUAUCAGGAGUUGGAGAGAAUUUUAAAGCUGCAUGCCGUCAUUAAAAUUACGAUUGAACCUAAUUGUAACUCGCAUAGUUCUGCUGCAACAUGUACUCUCAUCUAACUUCUCUCCGGCUUGUAAUUCGUAGCAUUUAGCAGAUGAAACACAAGACAGCAUAAUUAUCUAUGUACUCAAAACUCAACUUUCAGUGACGAGAAGUAGCUAAUCGAUUGAUUGAGUACGUGAGAAUUGUCGACAAAAUCUGUCUUGAACGAGCAUUCAAGAAGUUAGCCUCUCCUCUAAAAUUAAAAACAGCAAUAUUUGUUGGUGACACAACACAAUGUCCGUCUUAAAAAGCGUAAAGUGCUCUACCUCAAUUGGAUGAAUCACUACUUGUUAUUUUUUCACUUGAGUCAAAUCCAAGCAGCAGAGCUUUUGACACCAUGUUCAAAUCACACCAAUUCUCUGCUGGCUUGUGAGUGGAAAAACACAAAGAGCGUGGUCCUGUUUGAGAAACUGGUCCAACACAAUUUAUUAGAAAAUCGUUGAGUCAUUUAUUUUUACUGAAUUGUGCGCUUUCCUCGUCGCAUCACUGCUGCGCUUCAUCCAUUUAGUGAGUAAUACGCCUGCUUGCAAUUGUAAUCACUUUAGAAAAACGAGCACGGCGAAUUGAAAAUCCAUUUAGUCUUGAUUAUUUCGUGAAACCAGUCUGUCUUGUCUUCGUUUUGUGACAGUGGUGAUGUUUAAAGAGGAUGAUGCUUUUUUACUUGUCAUAUUACACUUAUGCAUCAAAAAAGAGAUACUAUUUCUAAAAUCGUGUAGCAUAAACCCUUCCAGAAACAACAGACUUUUGUUUUGAGCGCUGGCUUUCUAAAAACCAGCCAAAGUACAAUACACACAAAAUAUAUAUUUAUGCUUGACUGCAUGAUUCGAAUUGGCUCUAAUUUUAAAUAGCUAUUUUGGAUGUUGACUGCAGAAAUGUUCCUUCAAAAGCGUGAGUGCAAGGGAGGAAGGGUUAGCUCAACAUAAUGUACCUUAUUACAAAAAUGAAAUCUCCUGUUACUGCUUGAGUAUGGACACCAACACUCUGAUUAACACGGGAUUUGAUUCUUUUUGUAUGAAUGAGCUAAGCUGUGAUAGUUAUCGAAUAAUCAACGGUUAAAAACAACAACCAUCAAAAACACAUUUUUAUAUUUUCCGUGGCCAUAUAAAAGUAGAAACAAAGUGGGAAAUACCAAAAAUUUGUGAAAUUCGAGAUGAUGAUUGAUUGUGGGGAAAGAUUGAGUAACACACAUACUACAUACUUUCAAGUGUAAAUCAACUCACACAAUUGUCUCUGAAUGUACUCUCCUUUUUGGCUACAACUAUGUAAUGAUUUUGUUAAGGAUUGUAGAUUAAUUUUUUAUUGUUAAAUGCCAGACCUCCGAUUAAGUUUAAGGAGUUAGGAACCACGCGGAAGAUUAUGGAGAAAUAAUAUCAUCUCUUAGAAUACAAUGGAGAGAAUUUGAUAAUGAAUGACUGACUUAAAAAUAAUUAUGUACAUUCUUGUGAUGGAGGAGUUAUAUAAAUGUAAAAUUCGAAUAAAAAGAAUUUUUCUAGCCAAA